AUGGAUUUCCGCCAAAUUUUCCAGCUUUUAAUCAACAUAUGUAUCGAGUUCCGCAUUAUCCUCAGCCCCUACAUCAAGUUCAGCGUUAUCCUGAGCCCCAACAUCAAGUUCCGCGUUAUCCUCAGCCGUCACAUCAAGUGCAUUAUCCUCAGCCGUCACACCAAGUGCAUUAUCCUCAGCCGUCACAUCAAGUGCAUUAUCCUCAGCCGUCGCAUCAAGAUUCCCACUAUUCUCAACAGCUACAACUAUUAUAAUUCAUAUCAAAUUCCGCACGGGUUUUCCUAUUUUCCCCAGAGUGGACAAUUUCUCCCAUCAGCCCCCAACUACAACGUUCCGCUGCAGCAGCCACAAGUUGCUCCUAAUCGACCUCAGGGUCAAUACGCCUUUAAUCACCCGAUGUACCAUUUUCCAACUUCGCGUCCGUCGUCACCCCCGCCGGCAAAUCUUUUCCGACAAUUCUCCAGGAAACCAGGUACUAACCAGAUUUCCGGUUCAGGGCAGAAACUGGAAGUCCCGCUUAGCCCACACGGAGGACUACCUAUUGGACGCACUUUCUUCGACUAUCCUUUUGGGAAACAACGAACACCCCACAAAACCAUCACGAUGGCUCUCAACGAUAGUGUGUCAAACCUCGCCUUAGAGUUCAGAAAAACCAACGACAUCAAACUCAUCGUCCAUCCCGACGGCCAAUUUGUCCCCGAGGUCACAUUCAAGGGAAAAAUGACCAAAGGGAUAGAUGGCAACACCGUCGCAACGUUCCAUCCUAGUGGAAAAGUUUUCAUAGUUCAAAACGGCAACUUGUAUAAGUGCUCGGGAACGAUAUCUGAAACCAACGGACAGUGUAGCGGAAGCCUGCACAAGUUCCAGAAAAAGACCUUUGUGGAUAACUGCUACACUAACGAUUAUCCGAAGAUCCGGGGACAUGCAUGUGUGACCUCGGAUUCACAACCUAUCUACAUGACCUACUACAGCAACAAGAUCUUGUGCGAAACCGACUCUUAUCACGCCAUGUCCAUGAAGCUAGACCGUCUCACCGCAUUGUGUAGUCGGAAAGCUUUAUCGGCUAGUUACAAGUAUUAUCCCGAUGGUCCGGUGGAUGAGCCAGGGUUUCACUGCGACCAAAAAUCGAUGCAGGCUGUGUGUGUGUACCAUGAGGAUUUGCUAGAAUCAAAUGACGCCAAUAAUCCCCUUGACUACUAAAAGCAAAU